AUCUUUCCCCUUGAAACUACCCCUACCCACCCAUAUCCCAUGACCAUACCUUGAUUAUUCCCUGUAUAGAUUCCGACCCCCUACCGGGUCGUCCCUGUGGGUGAGUGAAGCAAGGUAAAUGGGAAGAAGCGAGGGGAAAACUUUGCAAUCCCCUUCGAUUUCAACAAACAAUCGCCUUUGUGCAGAGAAGAUCGUUUAGAUAUACUCUUUUGCAGACAAGUAACAUACAAGCUUCCAAGCAUUAAUCGAUAUUGCACAUGCAAGCAAUUGCAGAUUCGAACGCCCUUUUAGCAUGGGUCGAACAACUGUUUGGACCAGAACAUCAGUUUAUCGUGAAAGAUGAGCCCAGCGAACCUUUGAAGGAGUUGAGAUCGGCACUUCGUCGAGGAUAUUCCAAAUGUAAACAAGAGAAGAGGGUGACAUUCUGCGUCGAAAUUACAAAUGGCACAAGGACAUGCUCUGACGGAAGAAGGAGAAAGAGUGUGAAGUUGUCAGCUUGCACCAGACGGCGAUCAGCUGCUUGUGCAUCAAUCGAACGUUCGAUUUUGCCUUGAUAAGGAUGAUCGUAUGCUCAUUCAAGGCAAUUGUUUUGUGAUCAAUAACUAUAAUCUUGAAACUCAAUAACCUAAAUAAUUGAACUGUAGAGUAAUAUUCAAUGAAUUGAAGUAAAGUGGUAAAUUUG